CACAUUCAUCAUUGAGAAGCAGCCCCCUCAGGUCCUGAAGACCCAGACCAAGUUUGCAGCGACGGUGCGCCUGCUGGUGGGCGGGAAGCUGAACGUGCACAUGAACCCCCCCCAGGUGAAGGCCACCAUCAUCAGUGAGCAGCAGGCCAAGUCGCUGCUCAAGAACGAGAACACCCGCAACGAGUGCAGUGGCGAGAUCCUGAACAACUGCUGUGUGAUGGAGUAUCACCAGGCCACCGGAACCCUCAGCGCGCACUUCCGGAACAUGUCGCUAAAGAGGAUUAAGCGUGCUGACCGGAGGGGCGCUGAAUCCGUGACGGAGGAGAAGUUCACGGUCCUGUUUGAGUCUCAGUUCAGUGUUGGCAGCAAUGAGCUUGUGUUCCAGGUGAAGACCCUGUCCCUUCCCGUGGUUGUCAUCGUUCACGGCAGCCAGGACCACAAUGCGACCGCCACCGUGCUGUGGGACAAUGCCUUUGCCGAGCCGGGCAGGGUGCCGUUCGCCGUGCCCGACAAAGUGCUGUGGUCUCAGCUGUGUGAGGCGCUCAACAUGAAAUUCAAGGCCGAAGUGCAGAGCACCCGGGGCCUGACCAAGGAGAACCUCGUGUUCCUGGCACAGAAGCUGUUCAACAACAGCAGUGGGCACCUUGAAGACUAUAAUGGCAUGUCCGUGUCCUGGUCCCAGUUCAACAGGGAGAACUUGCUGGGCUGGAACUACACCUUCUGGCAGUGGUUCGAUGGGGUCAUGGAGGUGCUGAAGAAGCAUCACAAGCCUCACUGGAAUGACGGGGCCAUCCUAGGUUUUGUGAACAAGCAACAGGCCCAUGACCUGCUCAUCAACAAGCCUGAUGGGACCUUUUUAUUGCGCUUUAGCGACUCCGAAAUCGGGGGCAUCACCAUUGCCUGGAAGUUUGACUCUCCUGACCGCAACCUGUGGAACCUGAAGCCGUUCACCACACGGGACUUCUCCAUCCGGUCACUGGCAGACCGGCUAGGGGACCUGAGCUAUCUCAUCUACGUAUUUCCCGACCGGCCCAAGGAUGAGGUCUUCUCCAAGUACUACACCCCUGUGCUCGCUAAAGCGGUGGAUGGAUACGUGAAGCCACAGAUCAAGCAAGUGGUCCCUGAGUUUGUGAGUGCGUCUGCAGACUCUGCCGGGGCCAGCGCCACCUACAUGGACCAGGCCCCCUCCCCAGCCGUGUGCCCCCAGGCUCAUUAUAACAUGUACCCCCAGAACCCUGACCCCGUCCUCGACCAGGAUGGAGAAUUUGACUUGGAUGAGACCAUGGACGUCGCCCGGCACGUGGAGGAACUCUUACGCCGCCCGAUGGACAGUCUGGACCCCCGCCUCUCCCCGCCUGCCGGCCUUUUCACCGCUGCCCGAGGCUCGCUCUCAUGAAUGUUCGAAUGGCACGCUUCUCUUUGGAAACAACACUCAGUGUGAAGGGGUCGUGUUAAUGGUGAUUUUAGUGUUGCUGUGCAUACAGAUGCCUCGGCCGUGUGUGGGUGUGUGUCUGUGUGUGUGUGUGUGUGUGUGUGUGUGCGCGCGCGUGCCUGCCUCGCCUGCGCCCAGCAGCCACCAGCUUGCUCCCCAGAUCAAGGCACCCAAGGGCCCGCCAGGCCUGCGUCUGUCGCGGGAGGGGCUCCGCUUCCGCCGGCUGCUGUCACAGGUGCUGUUCCUGCCCGGGCCUGUCCGGCCUCGCCGCUGUUUGAAGGAAAUUAUUCAAGAAGGGGCUUGGAGACGGGUCAGGUGUCCCAGCUUCAGUUGUACUCCUGAGUGAGAAGCUUUGGCUCCCAAAUGUGUGCAUAUGCGUUUAGGUUUGUGCAUCUGUUGCCAUGCACGUGUGUUGGUCUAUUGAUUCUUUCCCUCGGGAGGGAGGCUGGGAUUCAGUUUUGAGUCAUGUUUUAUACUUUAUCUAACGACUAUGGACUCGAGAUUGUUUGUGACCCGAGGGCUUCUCUAGACCGUGGCCCUAACGCAGCAGGAACGGGUCUUUGCGGUUGGGUCUGUCAGAGCUGCUCUGAGUACGUAGUUGCUUGGCCUCCUGGCCUCCUGGCCUCCAGCCGGGGGACCUGGGCUUCAUGUCUGUGGUGCCGUUACCCGGUCUGCUAUCAUUUUCCAAGUGUGAUCGCCUCCCCUCCAUCGGGCCCCAGCCUUCUUUCCCUGACGCUCUGCAACCCUGCUCCCAGGAGAGGGGGGGAGACGGGCAGGAACUGGGCUAGGACGUGGUGGGUGAACAGAGGGCCGGGGACUUGCGGGGCUGAUCUCCCUCUCCUGGAGAACUGCACGGAGAGACGGCCGCAGAGAAGCCGCUUGUGGCAUGCCUGUGGAAUCCCGAGUGAGGGGUAAAAGCUCAGCUCGUUCCCCCCUGCUGGCAGGUGGACCUGCACUAGGCCUCAUCACAGUUGCGUAACGCCGAGGUCCGAGAAGGCCUUGCUCCCGGCCUCACGUGCUCCUCCCUUGGAGGCUCUGUGACAUGCAGCCGGGGACAGCUGGUGGCAGAGGGUCGGGAGUCCCAGGUUUAAACAUCCCUGAGGGAAGGUGGGGACCAGAAGAGGGAUCCUUGUGUACUUUGUACAUAGGCCACACAUUUGUGUAAACAGUGUUUUCGAAUAAAGUAUUUUUUUCAUAAA